AUGACAGACAUUCCAUCUUCGAAGAUAGCCCACCUCAAUCUUGCCACAGAAUAUGAUAUCAAACAAUUCAAGAAGUGGCACGCGGACCUGACCCCAAGAUCACCGGGAACAAUCCAUGGAUUGAUCAAUCGACACUACCGAUCAACCCCUGAGAACAUUGCGAUACGCAGCACCACUGAGAAACUUACAUUCCAGCAGCUUGGCGAGAUGUCUGCGGCAAUUGCCCACGAGCUAGCGGCCAGAGGCAUCAAACCAGGCAGCAGAGUCGCAGUCUACCUGGAAAAGUCCGCAUGGGCGAUUGUAGUCAUCAUAGGUGUCCUGCGUGCAGGAGCAGCUUUAAUUCCGCUCGAUGCUUCAUGUCCGGGGGACCGACUGGCCUAUAUUGCCCAGAAAACGGAAAUCCAAGCAUUGAUCACCCAGACAAAGCUCACCGACAGAAUCAGCGAGUCCGUUCGUCAGAACAUCGAGGUCAUCACACUCCCCAGCCUAAUGCAGCUACAAGCCCCAGAGGGCUGGCACACGGAGACGGCCAACGACCCUUGGCAGGUUGCGUAUAUCAUGUUCACGUCCGGAAGUACAGGUAAGCCCAAAGGCGUGGUGCAUAUACACCAAGCAGUCGCUGGAGGCUUGCAAGAUGUUACCGAGGCCUUGCACAUGGGCUCGGAUACACCCCAACUGCAAUAUGCUUCGUUUUCAUUUGAUGCCAGCAUUCUGGAGAUUUUUGGGCCUUUGAUUGUUGGGGGGACUGUUUGUGUUCCAUCGCCGGAAGAAAAGGUAGAGGACCUGCAAUCAGUUAUGCGCAAGCUCGAAGUCACAGAUGCCACCUUGACUCCAGCAGUGGUCGCCCAGCUCGAGCCAGCAAGCUUGCCUUCGCUCAGAGAAAUUUCCAUCGGAGGCGAUGCGCCAAGCUCAAACAUUCUUCGCAAUUGGUCUCGACACGUCACGCUCAAUAACCUAUACGGCACCACAGAAACAUCCGUGUGGGAUACGAUCAAGACCGGCAUGAAGUCAGACGAUCACCCUAAGAGUAUUGGGAGAGGCAUCCGAGCCAAUUGCUGGGUUGUGGAUCCAGACAACGUGGAAAGGUUACUCCCCAUCGGCGCUAUAGGCGAGCUACUCAUUCAGUCUCCAUAUCUCGGGAAGGGUUACCUGGACGAACCAGACCAGACUUCAUCAGCAUUCAUUGAAACUCCGAAGUGGUAUGCUCACUUCCAAGACACCGCAGGGGUUCCAAUGUAUAGAACCGGUGAUCUUGCUAGGCUCGAUGCUGAGGGCGAUGCCAUCUUUAUUGGUCGCGAGAGCGGCUUCGUUAAAAUCCGCGGCAUGCGUGUUGAGCUGACUGAGAUCGAGAGAGUCAUUGAAUCCGUGAUCGCUCCGCGUAAAGCUGCAGUCGUCCUGGCCAGCAUUAUGGCUUACGUCGAGACUCCGCAUGAUAUCAUUCCGUCGUUGGCUGACGACAUGCAUGCGGCACUGAAAGGACAAUUGCCUUCGUAUAUGAUAUCCACGGUAUUUAUACCCAUCGGGUUAAUCCUAUUGACCGAGUCGAAAAAGAAAGAUAGACAGCGUUUGCGUGCAUCAAUUUCUCGAAUGAACGGCACAGAGCUAGUUGCGCACAGACCAGGAGCCUCUUCCAUGACACAGUGGGAGAAGAUCGAUCCGAGAAGAGAGUUCGCCGUCAAGCUUAGCAACAUAGUCGCAGAUAUAUUAGAAGCCAGACAGGAUCCUGUCGCUGAGUGUCUCCGAGAUCAUGACUUUCCGGUCUCAAGUGUAGGGCUUAAUUCCGUUGAAACGGCGCAACUAACCGGGAUCAUGCGACGAGACUGGGGAAUGGAAAUCAAGGUUGAAAAACUGCAGGAGCCAGGAUUGACAAUCGGGCGACUUGAAGAAUUAUUCCACAGUAACGCCGGAGCGGCUGACAAUGAGACGGCAGUGGAUAUCCUCGACGAGCUAAACCAUAUCCUACCGCAAAUAAACUUGGUGCCUCACCACACCAAGAAGACCAUAUUUGUGACAUCAAUUACCGGGUUCCUUGGAAGUCAAGUGCUGCGCUGUCUACUAGCGGAUCCCAAUGUCGGACAUAUCGUAGGGUUAGUCCGGGCAAAAGAGAUAUCCGAAGCCGAGCAAAAGAUCCAAUAUCAUGCUGAGAUCGGUGACUGGUGGACGGGAAGUCUGGACCCGCGUGUCGAGAUCUGGCUUGGAGACUUGAGCAAGAAAAGACUGGGGCUGUCUGCUGAAAAAUGGAAGUGCCUCACUGGAGAGUUGAGCGAGACCCGAAUUGAUGGCAUUAUCCACAGCGGAGCGAGAGUCAACUGGCUUGACUCUUAUGAGAGUCUCCGACCGGCUAAUGUCGACAGUACCGUGGAGGUUCUUUCUGCUGUGGCGAUGCGAUCCAGCCCAUGUGCUCUGACCUAUGUCUCAGGCGGGUAUCUUCCAGCAGCGGAUGAAUCAAAAAAAGACAUCGCGAGGAAGCUUGAGCAUGCCAGUGGAUAUGAUCAGACCAAGAUGUUGUCGAGGCUGUUAGUGGAGCAGUACAACGACAACGUCUACAGGCUUGAGGACCCAUAUCUUCCAACCGCUCAGACGAUUCAGCCUGGCUAUAUUGUUGGAACCAGGACCGAGGGUGUCGCUCAUACGGAGGACUUUCUGUGGCGGCUUGCGUCCAGCAUUCUCAGUCUUGGCGCGAUCAGCGAGGAUUUGACCGACGCGCACAUUCCUGUAGCUGGCGUUGAUCAGAUUGCACGAUUGGUAGUCGAGAGCACAACUAGAAGGACACCCCAGUCUAAGCGUGACGUCGACUGCUGGGAUGGGCUCACGCUAGGUGAGCUAUGUGCGAUACUGCAGCGGGAGACGGGGAUUACGGUGAAGACCACGCUACACGACGAGUGGAUGCGCGCACUAAGCUCAGACGUCAGUUCUAGAUCCGACCAUCCAUUUCUUCCGGUGCUGCAGUGGUUUGAAGACAACCAGUGGCAGUUUGCGAGCAAUGUGGUGGAUGAUUCUCAUGAGCCAGUCUUUGAGCGGGAGGAGAUUGUGGAGGCCCUUGUCAGAAGCGUAUCAUAUCUGGUGGAGACUGGAUUCCUGCCUUGCAAAGACAAGAGGAAGAAACCAGAAGGGAGUGGAAAGAUGCCGAGAUUCAAGAGAAGUAACUAG